ACAGUCAAGUUGGUGGGAAGUAGACCCUGCUGCCUGCCCAGCUCUGACCUCAGAGAAUCCUGGCCUCAUUCCAGGGCAGGAGGACAUCUCAAGGCCUCAGGGACCUCCUUCGUGGUCUAACUUCGGUCCUGCUGGAUGCACUGCAGGCUUUGGGGAAGUCAGGACGGUCUUCCUGGAUUUCUGGUUCUGGAAUUUAGUGUUGCUAAGAUUGUGUGUCUGCAUCUUCCUGUGCUUUAACUCCUUUUUAUUCCAUCUCAAGUGGUGGUUGGUUGGUUGGAGCUCUGAGGUGAGCAGGGGUCUAAAGUCUCGCUGGGGCUCCGAGAAUGCUGUGAGCCCAGGCUAGGAGGCUGAGGUGGGCUGUGCACCUCCCUGCCUCCCAGUUCCUACUGGCGUCCCAAGGAUCCCUCCAGCUUGUUAUGGAGCACUUGGUUGGGCUGGAUCCAGAUGAGGGGGCAGGUGUGUGGGGCUGUGUCUGCAUGUUGCUGUGUCCUCUUCCAGGCUGCCUUGGCUGAGCUGCCCAUCUCUUCACAAGCCCUGUCAGCUCUCUUCCUGGUCUAAAUGUUGCUUUAGAAACUAAAUUCCCAGUGGUCAAAAGAAGCUGGGGUUGUUCAGCUAAUCAGGCUCCUGAAUUCCACAUGCUUUUUGUGGUUGAGUAGUGGUGGUGUUCCCCGCUGGACCCUCCCCCUCCCCUAAAAAGUGUUAAGCUGGUUCAUUCCAUCCCACGUUGACUGCUUUCAGUGGGCAUGGGGGUAGGGUGCUGACCCUGCAGUGGGGUACCAUCUAGUGGGGUAGAAAGAUAAGGUGAGAAUCACCCCACAGGUCUUGAUCCCCGCUAGGAAGCCUACGUGCUGGGCGGGGGUGGACCUUGCCCACUGGGUCUUGUUUGCUGGUCUGCACCAGGGGAUUUUGUGUGUCAGGGUGUGUCUGCCUGGAGGAGAGGGGGUGGGGUGAGGAGCAGCCUUUGUCUUCAGGGUCGGGUGUAUGAAGGAGCGAGGGCUUUGAGGGCUAGAAAAGGUGUCUGGAGGUGGCUUUGUGUUCAGUCUAGAGAAGCCGGCCCUCGGGUGAGGUCCGCAGCACGUGGAGGCCCUGGCUGCCCGGAUGGGUGUGUGGGAGGCGCUCACGGCCCAGGGAGCCCAGCCCCGCCCUCAGGAGGCACCCGCGAAGUCCUGUGGCCGUCGGCCGGUCGGCCGGUCGCCUGUUCCCGCCGCUCCCCUGGCCCCGCCCCUUCCCUUAAAGGAACCCCAGGCUGGGGGGCGGGGCGCGGCUGACUAGCGAGCCUGGUGUCCGGUCUCCUGCCGCUGCCCCUGACUGGGUGGAGCCGAGCCCCCGCACGCAGUCAGGCUUCCGAGGAGCGAGGAGCGGCGCCUCCCUGCAAGUUCAGCCGGUGCGCGGUGCCGCGGAAGCCAGCGGAGCGGACCACCUGCUGCCCUGAUCCGUUGGACUGGACCUAGCCAGGGAGCGGUCCCCCAGCCGCAGCCGCCGGGGCAAGGAGCGGUGACAGCGCAGGAGCUCCGGGGGGGAAGGGAGGAAGGAGGAGAGACAAAGGGAGCGAGCCUGGCACUGCCUCCCUGCGCCGCCCACCAUGUGUCAGUCAGAGGCGCGGCGAGGACCGGAGCUCCGCGCGGCAAAAUGGUUGUACUUCCCCCAGCUGGCCCUGAGGCGAAGGCUGGGACAGCUGAGCUGCAUGUCCAAACCCGCCUUGAAACUGCGCUCCUGGCCCCUGACGGUCCUCUACUACCUCCUGCCCCUUGGCGCCCUCAGGCCACUCAGCCGGGUGGGAUGGAGACCCGUGAGCAGGGUGGCCCUGUACAAGUCGGUGCCGACGCGCUUGCUAUCGCGGGCUUGGGGCCGCCUCAACCAAGUGGAGCUGCCGCACUGGUUGCGCAGGCCCGUCUACAGCCUGUACAUCUGGACUUUCGGGGUUAACAUGAAGGAGGCCGCCGUGGAGGACCUGCACCACUACCGCAACCUCAGCGAGUUCUUCCGGCGCAAGCUGAAGCCACAGGCCCGGCCAGUGUGCGGCCUGCACAGCGUGAUCAGUCCAUCGGAUGGGAAGAUUCUCAACUUCGGGCAGGUGAAGAACUGCGAGGUGGAGCAGGUGAAGGGGGUCACCUACUCACUGGAGUCGUUCCUGGGCCCUCGCAUCCCCGCAGAGGACCUGCCCUUCCCACCAGCCACCUCCUGUGGCUCCUUCAGGAGCCAGCUGGUCACCCGAGAAGGGAACGAGCUCUACCACUGCGUCAUCUACCUGGCCCCCGGGGACUACCACUGCUUCCAUUCCCCCACUGACUGGACUGUCUCCCACCGGCGCCACUUCCCAGGCUCCCUGAUGUCCGUGAACCCCGGCAUGGCCCGCUGGAUCAAAGAGCUCUUCUGCCACAAUGAGCGGGUAGUCCUGACUGGGGACUGGAAACACGGCUUCUUCUCACUGACGGCUGUUGGGGCCACCAACGUGGGCUCCAUCCGCAUCUACUUUGACCGGGACCUGCACACAAACAGCCCACGGUACAGCAAGGGCUCCUACAAUGACUUCAGCUUCGUGACGCACAUGAACAAGGAGGGCAUCACCAUGCGCAAGGGUGAGCACCUGGGCGAGUUCAACCUGGGCUCCACCAUUGUGCUCAUCUUCGAGGCCCCCAAGGACUUCAACUUCAAGCUGAAAGCGGGACAGAAAAUCCGAUUCGGGGAGGCUCUGGGCUCUCUCUAGAGCCUCUUUCAUGGCUACAGCUGCUGAGGGGUCUUUUCCACAGAAAUGUGAGGUUUCAAGGGGGACCUCUGAGGCUAUCUAGGGAGGGGACCAUCGGGUCUGACCAGGCAGGACCUGGGUGACUUCUGUCCCUGCUGUCCAGGGUGCAGACAAGGUUGUCAGAGCCCCUCUCAUGUCCUAGACCUACAUCUUCCCCCUCCCGACCUGAAGAGAAAGUGCAGGCCAGGACGAUUGAUUCCCUCUUGGAGAUUUUCUAACGUGUUGUAUAAACUGGAGAUUCUACAUCUCCUGGCUGAGCAUUCAGUUGUUCUGAUUUCCGUUUUAAGAUAAGUGGUAGUUAAAGUACCUUCUUGCUGCUCCUCCUAUCACUGCUUUUUGGCCUCCCUUGCAUGGGGCGAGGUCCCUCCUGGCACUGACUGUGGGUCCCAGACCAGGGCCUUUAAUGCAACUGCUCCCAACCUGCUUGUUGGGAAAAGCUGUCUUCUCUCUUUGCACUUAUGGCUGAAUGCAUCACCUCCGACUCUGCCAUCAGCUUCCGAGGGUGCUCACUAAUGGUUCGGGGCGUUGCAGGCCCCGAUGAGUGACCUUCUGGAGCUGGCAGGUCCUCUUUCCAGUAGGCAGGACCCAUCACCAAACCCCCUCAGUGGUGUCCAAAGCAAAAGGGGCAGGCAGCUAGCUGGUGGUGGCCCAGCUGGGGCCAGGGGAGAGCCUGGGUCCCGUCCCUGUAUCCAGACCUACAGAAAAGUUGCUGCUAUUGAUCAGGGGCUUAUGUUGGAGGCAAAGGAACCUUGGUGGUGUAUUUGAUGUGUGGGGGAGGGGAGAAUGUCAGUGCCUAGAAAACCCGUCCCCAGGCAACAGGUAUGCAGUCCUUGGGGAGCCACUGAUUGUGGGGACAGGGCCAGAUUUCAUGUUUCCUGGGGAUGCUGUGAAUUUCUCCUGCAGGAGAAGCCAUUUGAACUUUUUCAACUGUAUCAGUAGCACAGUAUUUUUGUAUGAAAAGUGGGAGACUUCUGAACAGUAAUUCAUUUUUCAUUUAAUUGCAACAUUUUGAAAUAAAAAAACUCGCUGCA